AUGGAUGCUGCGGGAAGGGGCUGCCAUUUGCUGCCCGUGCCAGCGGCGCGCGGUGCUGCCCGCGCUCCCGCCGCCAGCGCCGUCGGCCCGGCCGGCCUCUGCAGCGCCGCCGCCUCGGCUCCCCCCGCGGCCGCCGGAGCGGUCGCCAUGAACCCCAGCUCCUCGGCGGGAGACGAGAAGGGGGCAGCGGGCGGCGGCGCCGGGAGCUGCUGCCUGGGCGCCGAGGGCGGCGCGGACCCGCGGGGCGCAGGGGCGGCGGCGGCGGCGGCGGCGGCGGUGGGGGCCGCUGCCCUGGAAGAGCCCGCGGCCGCCGGCCCGAAGGAGAAGGACGAGGCGCUGGAGGAGAAGCUGAGGAACUUAACUUUCCGGAAGCAGGUGUCUUACAGGAAAGCAAUCUCUCGGGCGGGCCUCCAGCAUCUGGCUCCUGCACAUCCCCUCAGCCUUCCUGUGGCAAAUGGCCCAGCCAAGGAGCCCAGAGCGACUCUGGACUGGAGUGAGAAUGCGGUGAACGGAGAGCACCUGUGGCUGGAGACCAAUGUCUCAGGAGAUCUCUGCUACCUCGGAGAGGACAACUGUCAAGUCAGAUUUGCAAAAUCUGCUCUCCGGAGGAAGUGUGCAGUCUGUAAAAUCGUUGUCCACACCGCCUGCAUUGAGCAGCUAGAAAAGAUUAAUUUCAGAUGUAAACCAACAUUUCGAGAAGGGGGCUCAAGAUCACCAAGAGAAAAUUUUGUACGUCAUCACUGGGUGCACAGGCGUCGGCAGGAGGGAAAAUGUAAGCAGUGUGGUAAGGGAUUCCAGCAAAAGUUCUCCUUCCACAGUAAAGAGAUUGUGGCCAUCAGCUGUUCCUGGUGCAAGCAGGCGUUUCACAAUAAGGUGACCUGCUUCAUGCUGCAUCACAUUGAAGAACCCUGCUCCCUGGGGGCUCAUGCUGCUGUUAUUGUCCCGCCCACAUGGAUCAUUAAGGUGAAGAAACCGCAGAACUCCCUGAAGGCUUCCAAUCGGAAGAAGAAGAGAACGAGCUUUAAAAGAAAAGCCAGUAAAAAAGGAACUGAACAGGAAAACAAAGGUCGUCCUUUUGUGAUAAAACCUAUCUCUUCUCCUCUCAUGAAACCCUUGCUUGUAUUUGUAAACCCCAAGAGUGGAGGAAACCAGGGAACCAAAGUCCUGCAGAUGUUCAUGUGGUACCUGAACCCACGGCAAGUCUUUGAUCUUUCUCAGGAAGGGCCAAAAGAUGCGCUUGAGUUGUAUAGGAAAGUACCAAAUCUACGAAUUCUGGCCUGUGGUGGGGAUGGAACGGUGGGCUGGAUCCUUUCCAUCCUGGAUGAACUGCAGCUGAGCCCUCAGCCUCCUGUGGGGGUCCUUCCUCUGGGGACUGGGAAUGACCUGGCUCGAACGCUCAACUGGGGAGGGGGCUACACCGAUGAACCUGUUUCUAAGAUCCUAUGCCAAGUAGAAGAUGGGACAAUUGUACAGUUAGAUCGCUGGAACCUCCAUGUGGAAAGGAACCCAGACUUGCCUCCAGAAGAACUUGAAGAUGGCGUAUGUAAGCUUCCUCUGAAUGUUUUCAAUAAUUACUUCAGCCUUGGAUUUGAUGCUCAUGUCACACUGGAGUUCCAUGAAUCCAGAGAAGCAAAUCCAGAGAAAUUCAACAGUCGUUUUCGGAAUAAAAUGUUCUAUGCAGGGGCUGCUUUUUCUGAUUUCCUGCAAAGAAGUUCCAGAGAUCUUUCCAAACAUGUUAAAGUUGUUUGUGAUGGAACAGAUCUCACCCCAAAGAUUCAGGAACUGAAGUUCCAGUGUAUAGUAUUUUUGAAUAUACCCAGAUAUUGUGCUGGCACAAUGCCCUGGGGAAACCCAGGAGAUCACCAUGAUUUUGAACCUCAGCGUCAUGACGAUGGCUAUAUCGAAGUCAUUGGAUUCACCAUGGCCUCUUUGGCUGCCCUGCAAGUCGGAGGCCAUGGAGAAAGGCUGCACCAGUGUCGAGAAGUCAUGCUUCUAACUUACAAAUCCAUCCCCAUGCAAGUGGAUGGGGAGCCCUGUCGGUUGGCACCAGCUAUGAUUCGGAUCUCCUUGAGGAAUCAGGCCAACAUGGUCCAGAAGAGCAAGAGGAGGACAUCCAUGCCUUUACUCAAUGAUGUUCAUCAGGUGCAAACUGCGGACCUGCGGCGAGUGUCUGCUCCCCCUGGCUCCUUCACCAUUCCCCAGUCUGUCCCAGAACGCCUGAGGAUCCGGGUGAACAAAAUCAGUUUACAAGACUAUGAAGGAUUCCACUAUGACAAAGAGAAACUCCGAGAAGCUUCCAUACCUCUGGGUAUUCUAGUUGUACGUGGAGACUGUGAUUUGGAGACUUGCCGUAUGUACAUAGACCGUCUACAGGAGGACCUGCAGUCAGUUUCUUCUGGCUCCCAGAGAGUUCAUUACCAGGACCAUGAAACCUCCUUCCCCAGGGCUCUCUCGGCUCAGAGGCUCUCCCCUCGGUGGUGCUUCCUAGAUGCAACUUCUGCUGAUCGCUUUUAUCGAAUAGACAGAUCUCAGGAACAUUUGCACUUUGUGAUGGAGAUUUCCCAAGAUGAGAUUUUUAUUCUGGACCCAGACAUGGUGAUGUCACAGCAGGCGGGGACACCUCCAGGCAUGCCUGAUCUGGUGGUGGAGCAAGCCUCGGGGAUGGCAGACUGGUGGAAUCCUGCCCUGCGGAAGCGCAUGCUGAGCGACAGCGGGCUGGGCACCGUCACUCCCUGUUACGAGGACCCAGAUAUGAACGAUUUCAGCCACUCCCGCGCGCUGCAGUCACCAGUCUCUUCAGAAGAUCAUGCAAUUUUGCAGGCAGUAAUAGCUGGUGAUCUUAUGAAGCUGAUAGAAAGCUAUAAAAAUGGAGGCAGUCUGCUAAUUCAGGGACCAGACCACUGUUCACUCCUUCACUACGCAGCUAAAACUGGCAACGGGGAGAUCGUGAAAUACAUCCUUGACCACGGACCUUCUGAGUUAUUGGAUAUGGCAGACAGCGAAACGGGUGAGACUGCACUGCACAAGGCGGCCUGCCAGCGGAACCGGGCUGUGUGCCAGCUUCUGGUGGACGCAGGAGCAUCCCUGAGAAAGACAGACUCCAAGGGUAAGACACCUCAAGACAGAGCACAGCAGGCUGGGGACCCAGAUUUGGCUGCUUACUUAGAAAGCCGUCAGAACUAUAAAAUCAUUGGCCAUGAGGACCUGGAAACUGCUGUUUGA